GUGUCGGUGACAGAAAAGAGCAAAGGAAGAAACGUUGAGUUCAGUUUUUCUUUCCAGGGUGCCGGGGUUUCCUUACAAGAGUAUCAAGGGCUUGACGUUCAGAGCUUCAGGAAGAUCCCACGCAAGGCUGAAGGAGCGCCUGCUGGCAGUAAGAUCUAAGAGAAAGAGACGGGGGGGAGUGCGCUUUCGUUCCGUGCUACGGCGCGCUCUGGAAUACAGGAGCAACCCCCCGUGGCUGCCAACGCUUUCUCCAUCGGUCGUUGCAUGCGCAAUAGACGACUCAGAUGUCGAUUCCGCCUGUGCUGAAUUAGUUCGCAUCAAUUGCUGGCAUCUCCUUUCUGCGGACGGGCACGAAAUAGUCGUCGUUGUGAGGUGCAUCUGAGAGGGAAGGCCUGCUGAAGGAAGGGCGGGUGGGACUGGCUAGUCUCGGGCAGUGACAGGGGAAACCAAGCGGCUUUGGGGAGAUAGCAGGCGGAAAGCGGGACGGGUACUCGGACUUUGUUGUCCUCCUCUUCCUCACCACCUUCAUCCUUCCUCUUCCUCCCAGGCUGCUCUUCCUCCUCCUGUCCUGUGGCCCCGUCUGGAUGCCCUGCGUCCUCUCCGUCUCUCACCUGUAACAGAGGAACGGAACAGCAGCCAUGACAGACGCCGUGAUGGGCAUGAGGGGUGUCCACGCCAAUGACAAUGACCAGGGCAACUGGAGCACAGCGGCGGCUCCCAGCCCGGGCCCCGACCUGACAGACGAGGAGAAGGAGAUCAUCAACGGCGUGAUCGCCCGCGCCGAGAAGAUGGAGGCCAUGGAGCAGGAGAGGAUUGGGCGGCUGGUGAACCGGCUGGACGACAUCAAGAAGACGGUGUGCGGGGACGGCGUGUCCCGCUGCCUGCUGUGCGGUCAGCAGCUGGGCGUCCCCGGGGUUAGCUGUGUGGUCUGCGAAGACUGCAAAAAGAGCAUGUGCUCCAAGUGUGGAGUUCAGGCCAGCAGUAAACCCCGCGCCGUGUGGCUGUGCAACAUCUGCAGCGAACAGAGAGAGGUGUGGAAGCGGUCUGGUGCCUGGUUCUUUAAAGGCUUCCCCAAGCAGUUCCUGCCCUCACCCAUGCCCAUCUCCAAGCACAAACCGCCGGCGGCCUCACAGAUCAAAGCUCAGGCCCCUGCUGCUGCUGCUGCCUCCGCUCAGCCUCACACACAGGCCGCAGGUCCAGAGGAGACUCACGCUGCCCCAGCCGGACCACAGCCUUCAAACACGGAGGUGUCGGGGCGUGCUGGUCACCCACCCGUGGCCGCGAAACCCAGCGUGGCUCCCAAACCGACGCUGCCUCCCAAACCUGCCGAGCCCUACGCAGCGGAGGACAGCCCCGUGGUGAUGAAGAGGGCCAUCACCGUCCAGAGCUCCAGACCCGGCCCCGCCGCGCAGGCCCCCGCGGCCCAGCAGGAGCCCGGCUUUCGAGAGCAGACAGCGCCCCCUGCUGUGAGGGAGGAGAGGAGGCAGCCCGCUGCCUUCAACCCCCCACCUGCCCGCCAGCCCCAGCCACGCCAAGAGGAGGCCGAUGACGACGCCAACGACUACGACUCCGAUGAAGGAACUACGCUGGGAGCCCUUGAGUUUAGCCUUCUAUAUGAACAGGAGAACAACAGCCUCCACUGUAACAUCAUUAGGGGAAAGGGUCUGAAGCCCAUGGACUCCAACGGACUGGCUGACCCCUAUGUCAAGCUGCAUCUGCUGCCUGGUGCCAGCAAGGCAACCAAGCUGCGCACGAAGACCCUCCGCAACACGAGGAACCCCAACUGGAACGAGACGCUGGUAUAUCACGGACUCACUGAGGACGACCUGCAGCGCAAAACCCUCAGGCUGUCCGUGUGCGACGAGGAUAAGUUUGGGCACAACGAGUUCAUUGGGGAGACCAGAGUGCCGCUGAAGAAGCUGAAGAUGAACCAAAAGAAGAACUUCAACAUCUGCCUGGAGAGAGUGAUCGCUACAAAGAGAACCGCCACGGCAGGAGGAGCUCGAGGCAUCGCGCUCUACGAGGACGAGCCGGGGAAAGAUGGAGAGGUGGAGGAGCGUGGUCGGAUUCUCAUCUCUUUGAUGUACAGCACCCAGCUGGGCCGCCUCAUCGUCGGGGUGGUGCGCUGCGUUCACCUGGCUGCCAUGGAUGCCAACGGAUACUCUGACCCCUUCGUGAAAAUUUUCCUGAAGCCUGACAUGGGGAAGAAGGCCAAGCAGAAGACUCAGAUCAAGAAGAAGACUCUGAACCCAGAGUUUAAUGAGGAAUUCAGCUAUGAAAUCAAACACGCAGAGUUGGCCAAAAAGACCCUGGGCAUUUCCGUUUGGGACUACGACAUUGGCAAAUCCAAUGACUACAUCGGCGGCUGCCAGCUGGGCAUCACGGCCAAAGGCGAGCAACUGAAACACUGGUACGAGUGCCUCAAGAACAAGGACAAGAAGAUUGAGCGCUGGCACACCCUGCUCAACGCGAACCACGACACCAGUGAUUAAGGGGGCUCCGUUGGGGCUCUGUCCACCCCCUCUCAUGCCCGCCUUGCAUGACGUCCACCCCUACUGACCGCCGUCCACACAUCGCCUCCACGCCACACCAUGCUUCUCCACCUCCGGCUGACCCCAGACCUCCACUGUUGACAAUGUCCAGCCCUGCAUUCCUUAAACUAACUAGCACUCGUAUCUACUUUGGUCUCCUUUUAGACUUCAAUGUCCUGCAUCCUUCUAACAGUGGACUGACUUUAACCACUGCUGCACUGAGCACCCCCUAUCCCAUAAACACCAAGCGGCCCUCUUUCGGGCGUAUCUCUCCGUCUUACCGUCAUCACUGGGUAAUGUGCAAUCACUCCUGAAAUACUCGAGAAUAUAUUCAUUGUCAUGAAACAGGCAGAGAAAGAGAGAGAGAAAAAAAGAGAGAAAAAAAUAGAGAUGUCAUUCUUAACUGUUGGUGAGGGUGGCCACUGAUUAGUCAGUCAUGGGAUUGUGAUAUCUCCAAAGUUUAUGCUAAAAAAGAAACUGAAAUGUUUUAAAAGCGACUUCAGAAAACCGCAAGGCUUAGACGAUGAGACUGAGCUUGCACAAAAAAAGCCGGCACAGGGUAGGUGUAGGGUCUGCAGUUUGCCGCCUGCACUGGGCUGGACAUGCCGCCUCCUCUCAGCUGUCAGGUGUGGAAUGUUGACAUCAGAUGAUGAGGCCAACAGGUGGAAAGCACAGAGUCACGUGUAGAAGCAUGAACAAACGAGAAGCUAACACCAUUACACAACCGCGUCCUCACCCAUCUCAAGAGAUGAGAGCAUUUUCUUUUGUACAUUCAAAUGCUUUAUCACGUCUUAGCAACAUGUCAAAAAGGUAUCAAAGAUAAAAGCAUAAAAAGGGAAAUCAAAAUACAGUAAAGAAAAGUGGAGCAUGAUUGACACAAAAGUGACAGGCCUGUGCUAUUGUGAAAUGCAGUGAGCUCUGACAACUUCUUAGGAUUAUGUCAAGACUGUUCUUUCUUGUUUUAGAGUUAACCUGUAGUAGUAUUACUUGGUAAUUAAUUAGCAUCAUGACUCACAUUAUUUAUGAUAUUUUGUGAUGAUUACUUAGCAUUGUAGAAUGGAAAUACAGUAUUGUCCAUUUUGCUAUAAGUGCAAAAAAAGUCAGUUUAUGUUGAAGUUAGCUUUGGAUGUACAUGGCCUAGAUGCCCACUUAUGGAGUUAUGCUUGAAGUCAUGUUCCUCAAUGUUAGAUACCUUGACUGAUCUUUGUAGGUGGUUAGAGAGUGGUGAAAACAAACAACAACACAAAACUCCUGUUGUGUAUAUUACAAAAAAAAAAAUGGGGGAAAAAAUCAAUGCACAGAAACUAGUGGUUGUUUACAUGAAGCCGUAAAAGAGCAAAUUGUCCCUUCUUUCUCAGACCCUUUGGGAGUGGAAAUGUCUCAUGAGAUUUUCUACCACAUUGAUUCUACCUGAGCAGAGAAAGGCAGACGCCUGCAUAAUCUCAGAACCACUUGCUCUUACUGCCUUGUCAUUCCUUAUCGGCGGGG